GUCACAGAAGGGACAUGACAGUGCAGGUUCUGGCCCAGAAGGCCUCAGGGGUGGCUGUGUAGCAAGAUGAGGGAGGUUUGGAGCCCUGCAUAAAGAGAAGGACAGGACCACAGCUGACUGCUGUGUCCCCACAGACCUGGACUUCCUGCUGCCACCAUGGCCAAAGGUGGAGAAGCCCUGCCACAGGGCAGCCCAGCACCAGUCCAGGAUCCCCACCUCAUCAAGGUGACAGUGAAGACACCCAAAGACAAGGAGGAUUUCUCAGUUACAGAUACAUGCACCAUCCAGCAGCUGAAGGAAGAGAUAUCUCAACGCUUUAAGGCCCACCCUGAUCAGCUUGUUCUAAUCUUUGCUGGCAAAAUCCUCAAGGAUCCUGACUCUCUGGCACAGUGUGGAGUGCGAGAUGGCCUCACGGUCCACCUGGUCAUCAAGAUGCAGCGUCGUACCAUGGGCAAUGAGUGCCCAGCUGCCUCUAUCCCUACCCAGGGCCCAAGUCCUGGAUCACUCCCUCAGCCAAGCUCCAUUUACCCAGCAGAUGGGCCCCCUGCCUUUAGCUUAGGUCUCCUCACAGGCCUCGGUGGGCUGGGCUUGGCCUAUCGUGGCUUCCCUGACCAGCCAAGCUCACUAAUGCGGCAGCAUGUGUCUGUGCCUGAGUUUGUGGCUCAGCUCAUUGAUGACCCCUUCAUCCAGGGUCUGCUGUCCAACACAGGCCUAGUACGCCAGCUGGUUCUUGACAACCCCCAUAUGCAGCAGCUGAUCCAGCACAACCCUGAGAUUGGGCAUAUUCUCAACAACCCUGAAAUUAUGCGGCAGACACUGGAGUUUUUACGUAACCCUGCCAUGAUGCAGGAGAUGAUACGUAGCCAGGACCGGGUGCUCAGUAACUUGGAGAGCAUUCCUGGUGGCUACAAUGUGCUUCGCACAAUGUACACAGAUGUUAUGGACCCAAUGCUUAAUGCAGUCCAGGAGCAGUUUGGUGGCAAUCCCUUUGCCACUGCCACUACUGAUAAUGCCACCACCACCACCCAACCUUCAAGGAUGGAGAAUUGUGACCCUCUCCCCAACCCCUGGACUUCUACACAUGGAGGCUCAGGUAGCAGGCAAGGAAGGCAGGAUGGGCAUCAGGAUGCACCUGACAUUAGAAAUAGGUUUCCAAACUUUCUGGGUAUUAUAGGCCUCUAUGACUAUCUCCAGCAAUUACACGAGAACCCCCAGUCCCUAGGAACUUAUCUACAGGGGACUGCAUCUGCCCUCAGCCAAAGCCAGGAACCACCACCACCAGUAAACAGAGUUCCCCCAUCGUCACCCUCAUCUCAGGAGCCUGGGUCAGGCCAGCCUCUCCCCAAGGAGUCAGUAGCAAUCAAGGGAAGGUCCUCCUGCCCAGCUUUCCUGAGAUACCCCACAGAGAACAGUACUGGACAAGGUGGAGACCAAGAUGGUGCAGGGAAAAGCUCUACUGGACCUAGCACAAACUUGCCUGAUCUUGUCUUGGGGCUGGGAGAUUCUGCCAACAGGGUUCCAUUUGCUCCCUUAUCCUCUUCCCCCACGGCAGCCAUUCCUGGAAUCCCUGAGCCUCCCUGGCUGCCAUCCCCAGCUUAUCCAAGAUCUCUGAGGCCAGACGGCAUGAAUCCGGCUCCACGGUUACAGGAUGAAAUAAAACCACAGCUGCCACUGCUGAUGCACCUUCAGGCAGCCAUGGCAAACCCCCGUGCCCUGCAAGCCCUGGGGCAGAUUGAGCAGGGUCUGCAGGUCCUAGCUACUGAAGCACCUCGCCUCCUACUCUGGUUCAUGCCUUUCCUAGCAGGGACGGAUAGUGUGGCAGGAGGUAUAGAGUCUAGAGAAGAUCCCCUUAUGUCUGAGGUUCCUCUCCCAAAUCCACCUCCUGAGGUGUUCCCAGCACUGGACUCUGCAGAGCUAGGCUUCCAUUCCACUCCCUUUCUCCAUAUGCUGCAAGAUUUAGUUAGUACAAAUCCCCAGCAGCUGCAGCCUGAGGCUCACUUUCAGGUGCAGCUGGAGCAACUGCGGUCCAUGGGCUUUCUGAAUCGUGAAGCCAAUCUUCAGGCCCUCAUUGCUACGGGGGGCGACGUGGAUGCUGCUGUGGAGAAGCUGAGACAGUCGUAGGAGCCUUAGUCAUUCAGACCAUACGUUUUCCUCUGUGCCUUUUUCCCAUAUCCUAUUUCCUUAGCUCUCCCAUUUUUGAAUACAGCUGCAUUAUAAACCAAAUUUACUAUGAUGCCCUUUACUGUGGAGGCAAUGUUGUUCCAGAGUCAACGAGGAAGACUAAUGGCCAAAACAUAGUGGAGGUGCUGUGUGUGAGUCAACCACUUGUACCACCAUACCAUCGGGGUUCCCCGGUCUGAGCUCUGCUUAUGCCUAUCUCGAGAUGCAAUUACACCCAAUUUCCAAUGUGAA